UUCGAAAGAAGUUGAGUAGUAAUGGAUCAGUCCCAUCAAAGUUGGUUGAUAGGCAAAGAGACUAGACGAGCGCUAAGUUGUCUCCAGAAGGAGUUGAGAGAAGAGCCUUUUUCAGGUUUAAGAAUAGCUAAAGAAACACUUCGACUUUUACGUAUUGUUGUAUCUUCCCUAGCUUCAAGUGGUUUGGAAAAAGUGGAAGAUGCAGUUAGGCAGUUGGGAACGGAACUGACAAGAGGAUAUCCACGUCGUUUUAUCGCUGAAAAUAUGGCUAGAAGAGUUCUUAAAGUGAUACACGAAGAAUAUGAUACAGCUAAUAGCACGAAUAACGCUCGUCUAGACGCUUCGGAGCUUGGAAGGCCACCUCGCGAACAAGUUAAGAACGCAAAGGUGUUAAAGAGUAACGUCUUGGAGGCAAUAAGUGAAAUAGAAGACGAGUUGGAUGCUGUCCUUCCCAAUAUUACAGAACAGAGUUUGGAACAUAUUCACUCGAAUGAAGUGCUUCUCACUUUUGGGUAUUCUCAAAGCGUAGAAGAGUUCCUUAAGAGUGCUGCCGAGAAGAGACACUUUGAAGUCAUUAUAGCAGAAUGUGAACUGGACUAUUCAGGACAUCGAUUGGCAAAGAACCUCAACAAAGCGAAUGUUGAUAUUACUUUGAUAAGUGAUGCAGCUGUAGUGGCACUUAUGUCCAGAGUUCAUAAAGUAAUCAUAGGAGCUGAAGCAAUCAUGGCAGAUGGUUCAGUAUUGGCUGCUUCAGGAACUUUUAUGGUUGCAGCAGCAGCCAGACAUUAUGCAGUUCCGUUGGUUAUUUGUGCAGGAUUGCACAAACUUACUCCUUUGUUUCCUCAUCAUCCUGAUAUUUUGUAUGAUAUUUUAUCGCCCUCUCAAGUUAUUCAGAAUUCUACAGUAUGGAAUGAGUCAUGGUUUCGUCAGCUAGAAAUUAGUUGUCCAAGAUUGGAUUUAAUUCAUUCUCAGUAUAUACGGUUAUUGGUGACGAAUAGUGGAGGUUUCAGUCCUUCGUAUGUUUACAGAAUUUUGAAUGAAUUUUAUGAUGAGAUUGAUACUUGUUUGUAACUCUAUACUUCUUGGUACGGUUCCAGUUUACUGCCUUUAGGAGUAUCCACAAUUUGAUAGCCAUAAUGCCUAAUCUUUUCGCGUAGUUUGUCUGCGAUAUCAAAUCUUUUUUGA